GGUUCCUCAUGCAUCUCCAGCUCAACCAGUCCUACUCUACACCUCAAAAACAACGCCACUGUCCACCGCUCUUGACUUGAAGAACCAUAUCGCUGCUAAUUAAGAUGGACGGUGUCGCAAUCCACACGACUCCACGGAAGCUGGUGGUGCUGUACCCGUCACCCGGGAUGGGCCACCUGGUCUCCAUGAUCGAGCUCGGCAAAAUCUUCGCCGCCCGGGGCCUCGCAGUCACCAUCGUCGUCAUCGAUCUGCCGCACAGCACCGGCGGCGCAACAGAGGCCUUCCUCGCCGGGGUCUCCGCUGCCAAUCCCUCCAUCUCCUUCCACCGUCUCCCGAAGGUCAAGCUCCCGCCCGUUGCAUCCAAGCACCCCGAGGCGCUAACCUUCGAGGUCGCCCGCGCCUCCAACGCGCACCUGCGCGAUCUCCUCGCCGUCGCAUCCCCGGCGGUUCUCAUCGUGGACUUCUUCUGCAAUGUCGCCCGCGACGUCGCCUCGGAGCUCGGCAUUCCCACAUACUUCUUCUUCACCUCUGGCGCCGCGGUCUUGGCUUUCUUCCUGCACCUCCCGGUCCUGCACGCUCGGAGCACGGCGAGCUUCCGAGACAUGGGCGAAGAGCUCGUGCACGUUCCUGGGAUCCCCUCGUUCCCGGCGACGCACACCAUGCUGCCGAUCAUGGACCGUGACGACGCGGCGUACACGAGGUUCGUGGGCGUGGUCAGCGACCUGUGCCGCUCGCAGGGAAUCAUCGUGAACACCUUCGGCUCGCUGGAGCCGCGCGCCAUCGACGCCAUCGUGGCCGGGCACUGCUCACCGUCGGGUCUUCCGACGCCUCCGGUCUACUGCAUCGGGCCGCUGAUCAAGUCCGAGGAGGUGGGCGUGAAGCGCGACGACGAGUGCAUCUCGUGGCUGGACACGCAGCCCAAGCACAGCGUGGUGUUCCUCUGCUUCGGCAGCCUCGGCCGGUUCAGCGCGAAGCAAAUCAUGGAGGUAGCGGCCGGGAUAGAAGCCAGCGGGCAGCGGUUCCUGUGGGUGGUACGAACCCCGCCGACGCCAAGCCAAGACCCGGCGAAGAAGCUGGAGAAGCUUCCGGAGCCGGACCUCGACGCGCUCCUCCCGGAAGGCUUCCUGGACCGGACCGAGGGCACGGGCCUGGUCGUCAAGUCCUGGGCGCCGCAGCGGGACGUGCUGGCGCACGACGCGGUGGGCGCGUUCGUGACGCACUGCGGAUGGAACUCGGCGCUGGAGUCGAUCGUGGCCGGCGUGCCGAUGCUGGCGUGGCCGCUGUACGCGGAGCAGAGGAUGAACAGGGUGUUCCUGGAGGAGGAGCUUGGGCUGGCCGUGGCGGUGGAUGGCUACGACAAGGAAGUGGUGAAGGCCGAGGAGGUUGCCGCGAAGGUGAAGUGGAUGAUGGAGUCUGACGGCGGGAGGGUGCUCCGGGAGCGGACGCUGCAGGCGAUGCGGCGGGCGAAGGAGGCGAUGCGCGAGGGCGGGGAGUCUGAGGCGACGUUGGCGCGGCUGGUGGAUGCGUGGACACUUGCUUGAUGUUACUGUUGCUCACCAGUCAUCACUCAUCAGGCACACACGUGGUGGCGUAGACAUGGUUUUUGCUGGGAGUAACUCAGGCGUUGUCCAGUCUCUAAUAUCUAAAGUAACAAUUAUUUAAUAUUUUUGUGAGGGAGAAUUAAUGAGUUUUGUGUUGGUUUGCGUGAAAAGACGGUCAAUGACAUAAGAGACAAUUUCAUCGUUAA